AUGCCUGAGAACGCUGGACACGCUAUGGAGGAGGAAGUGGAGACCUUUGCCUUCCAGGCUGAGAUUGCUCAGCUGAUGUCCCUUAUCAUCAACACUUUCUACUCAAAUAAAGAGAUCUUCCUUAGGGAGCUUAUCUCCAACUCCUCAGAUGUAAGUGAAAAAAAGCUUCUCAUCAAUAUAUAUGCCUUUGUUUUUUAAAAAUUGGCAGUUCUUUAUAUAUGUUCAAUACUAAAACAACAUUACAUAUCUAAACAGGCCUUGGACAAAAUCAGAUAUGAAAGCCUGACAGACCCCAGCAGACUCGACUCAUGCAGAGACCUGAAGAUUGAAGUCAGGCCCGACCUGCUCACCCGCACACUCACCCUGAUCGACACAGGUAUUGGCAUGACCAAGGCCGACCUGAUCAACAACCUGGGCACAAUCGCCAAGUCUGGCACCAAGGCUUUCAUGGAGGCUCUGCAGGCUGGAGCUGACAUCUCCAUGAUUGGUCAGUUUGGUGUUGGUUUCUACUCCGCCUACCUGGUGGCUGAGAAAGUGACAGUCAUUACCAAGCACAAUGAUGACGAGCAGUACAUAUGGGAAUCUGCAGCUGGAGGCUCCUUCACCGUCAAGCCAGAUACUGGUAAGUUUCAACAACAACAUAAUCUGCUGAUGAGUCAUUUGAGUAAAUAAGUGAGAUUUAAUGUAUAUAUCUAAAUUACUUUUUUAGGAGAGCCUAUUGGCAGAGGCACCAAAGUGAUCCUUCACCUUAAAGAAGAUCAGACAGAAUACUGUGAGGAGAAGCGCAUCAAGGAAGUUGUAAAGAAGCACUCACAGUUCAUCGGCUACCCCAUUACCCUUUACGUAAGUUACAUUAGUGAUGAAAAUUUGCGAUAAUAUUAUAUUAUUUGAAGAAAAGCUUAAAAAAUCCCCACCUUUUUUUAAAUCCAAGGUGGAGAAGACAAGAGAGAAAGAAGUGGACCUGGAUGAAGGCGAGAAGGUGGAAGAGGUUGAGAAAGAAGCUGCCGAGAACAAAGACAAACCCAAGAUCGAGGAUGUUGGCUCUGAUGAGGAUGAAGACUCAAAGGACGGCAAGAACAAGAGGAAGAAGAAGGUGAAGGAGAAGUACAUUGACGCCCAGGAGCUGAACAAGACCAAGCCAAUCUGGACCCGUAACCCUGAUGAUAUCACCAACGAGGAGUAUGGAGAGUUCUACAAGAGUCUGACCAACGACUGGGAGGACCACCUGGCUGUGAAGGUAACUUCUAUACAAAUAUCUCUUGAUAAUUUCUUGAUCCUUUUGUGAAGAUUUUUAAGGUUUUAAUUUCUUACUAAUUUUCAUCUAUGCAGCAUUUCUCAGUGGAGGGUCAGCUGGAGUUCCGUGCCUUGCUCUUUGUACCUAGAAGAGCCGCUUUUGACCUCUUUGAAAACAAGAAAAAGAGAAACAACAUCAAACUGUACGUGCGCAGAGUCUUCAUCAUGGACAACUGUGAGGAGCUGAUUCCAGAGUACCUCAGUAAGUAACACAACAUUAUUAUUCUUUUAUACCAAGAUAAUCUCUUAAAAGUUAUACUCAUUUGUAGGAUUAUUUUGAUUUAAACUUUAUCAUCUAUUCAUUCAGAUUUCAUCAAGGGUGUGGUGGACUCUGAGGAUCUGCCCCUUAACAUCUCCAGAGAGAUGCUGCAGCAGAGCAAGAUCUUGAAAGUCAUCCGCAAGAACCUGGUCAAGAAGUGCCUGGAACUCUUCACUGAGCUUGCAGAGGAUAAGGACAACUACAAGAAGUACUACGAGCAGUUCUCCAAGAACAUCAAGGUAACUUAAGCAAUCAGUCAUUGUCAAUCCUUAACCACAAGAGUUCAGGUCUAUGUGUUUUUCAUCUGUGUAAAGCUGAAAUUCAUUAAAACCUCCUUUCAAUUUUUAGCUUGGUAUCCAUGAAGACUCUCAGAACAGGAAGAAGCUGUCAGAGCUGCUGCGCUACUACACUUCAGCUUCCGGGGAUGAGGUUGUGUCCCUGAAAGACUAUGUCUCACGCAUGAAGGACAACCAGAAACACAUUUACUACAUUACAGGUGAGCCAUUAAACUCAAUUUCUAUUUGUUUUUCUUUCUUUUGUAAAGGGAUUUAGUUAUCACUUCAGUGCACUGAUUUCAUCUACAUUACCUUUUCAGGUGAGACCAAAGAUCAGGUGGCCAACUCUGCCUUUGUGGAGCGCCUUCGCAAAGCCGGCCUUGAGGUCAUCUACAUGAUUGAGCCCAUUGAUGAGUACUGCGUCCAGCAGCUGAAGGAGUACGAUGGCAAGAACCUCGUUUCAGUCACCAAGGAAGGCCUGGAGCUUCCUGAGGAUGACGAUGAGAAGAAGAAGCAGGAAGAGCUCAAAACUAAAUUUGAAAACCUGUGCAAGAUCAUGAAGGACAUCCUUGACAAGAAGAUUGAAAAGGUAAUGACAGAGAAAUUGAUUUUGAUGUCCACUCACUAUUAUGCUUACAUAGCUGCCACAUCUCUUUGACCAUGACAAUAACACAACAUCUCAUUGACAGGUUGUGGUCUCAAACCGCUUGGUGGCUUCCCCCUGCUGCAUUGUCACCAGCACCUAUGGAUGGACGGCAAACAUGGAGAGGAUUAUGAAGUCUCAGGCACUCAGAGAUAACUCCACCAUGGGCUACAUGACAGCCAAGAAGCACCUCGAGAUCAACCCUCUGCAUCCCAUCGUUGAGACCCUGAGGGAGAAGGCAGAGGCUGACAAGAAUGACAAGGCUGUUAAGGACUUGGUCAUCCUUUUGUUUGAGACUGCCCUUCUGUCUUCAGGAUUCACAUUGGAGGACCCACAGACACACGCCAACCGCAUCUACAGAAUGAUCAAGCUCGGUCUUGGUAAGCUGCUGGUUAUUUUCCCUCUGACUCUGAAUAAACCAGGUUAUAAAAUAUCCAUACCAGGCUAUCGUUACUCAUGGCUUUCUGAUUCACAGGCAUCGAUGAUGAUGACUCUGCAGCUGAAGACCUCAUCCAGCCCACUGAAGAAGACAUGCCAGUCUUGGAAGGAGACGAUGACACAUCAAGGAUGGAGGAAGUUGACUAAACUACUCUUAGAUGCAACAUUAAUAAGUUAUAUUUUUAUAAAUUAUCUAGCUUCUUCAAAAAGACAUUUCAUGCUAACAAAACACUUUUAACAGAAUUAACUAAUGAAUAGUUACGCAAUGAAACCUAUAUACAGUAAGCCACAGUGUGGCUUAGUACAUUGCAUUAGCUGUUUAUAUAAAGCUACUGACAACCAUUAAGAGUAAUAUAAAGUCACUUUGGGUUUGGCUUACGGCUCUUUUUGUAACUGUAACAUUUUUUAUGAAAUGAUACACAUUUUUAAUAAAAUAAAUAUGUACAAAGAAGACCUGUCAUCUUUUUUUUCUUUGCCACAUGCUGAAUUUAAUCACUUUGCUUGGUAAAUUCACAAAAACAAAAGUUAUCAAAACAAAAAAAAGGUUUGAACUUUCUUCUAUAAACUUAAGCCACUGUUUCACACAAUGUUCUGGAAUUUUCAAUGAACGCUCCAUGGUUGAUUCCUGUUCACUUCCGCACGCCUUCACCCGGCUCAUCCUCCCCCUGUCCCAAGCCCCGCCCCUUUUAGUACAGCGUCAAUAGAGAAGCGCGUUCACGCACAAUGAUUGACAUACCGCUGAGCCUGUCAGCGACUGAUAGUGGCUGAACCGCUGCGAGGAGGAUUUCAGACGGUUCUGGAAGCUCUGAUCGGGAUUUCUCGAACACUCGGUCGGACAGGGUAUAUAUCCAAGAGCCUGUGUGUGUGUUUGUGUGAAGCGUGUGCGACCUGCUAGAAGACUCUUCUCGUCGGGUUUUUGGAUUCGUAGGACCAAGGUAAAUUAAUUAAAUACUUUUAUACAAACAUACAAUGAAAUACUCCACUGAUAAAUUCCAACAUUAACACUAACGGUCAUUGUUAACGUUAGCUUCGAGCUUAAGCUUUCUUCAAUGUGACUGAUAAUGUUUGAAAUGACACUGGUUACAUUAUUAAAUAGAAAUGGCGACGCUGUAAUAUACUAUAAUAUUAAGUUAACUGUGUUCUACAUCGUGACAUUAUCAGAUUAUGGCACUGCACUAACAUAAGGCCUGUCAUUUCAAGGUUUUAAAUAUCGACUCAAAGUGAUUUUAACACAUGAAAACGUUUUAUUCCAUCCUGACAUGGAGACUGUCGCGCAUCACCUUCAUGGCUUAAGCUUGGACGCAGCAGCAGCAGCCACAUGGACCUCAUGGUGCACCUGUUAGGCGAAGGAUUACACUAACAGGCAGUGAAUAAUUUCAUGAAGCUCCAUCAGGUUUUCUCUAAUUGUAGGAAUUUUCUCCUCAUUCUGUUAUCAUAUUGCCCUCUCAGUUAUUCAGUACACUCACAGAACCUCCUGUCCUCAGAUGGUUAGGAGGAGGAGGAGGAGGUGGAGCUCUUGAUUCCUGUGGAAACUGCUUUGAGAGUUCAGUUUGCCUCUUGGUACCUUCUAGAAACUUGUAUUUCGCCCGGGAGACCACAAGGUGGAGUCUGUUUUGCUGAUACUUAAUGCUAUCCACGUGCUCCCCCUCUGUUUAACCAGUGGCAUGAGAGGACACAAUAAAAUACACUAAUUUUCUGCUAUGAUUUGCAAACUCUAGAGGGCAGAGGUCAAAUUUCCCAAUUAAUUGAUUUUAUGGUUGUGGAAAAUAAUACUUUAAAACACCUUCGCUUGAUGAGUCUAAGCUGUCUGGAUAGAAAUGUUUUUUCAAAGCAGUUUUAUCCUCUGGAUGUGUGUGCUUUUUAUUGUUUUUCAUAAGUUGCUGCCAAUAGAUGGAAUCAGGUGAUUGCCACAUCAAGUAAAUAGAAAUAAAAAGAAAAUAUGUGAAGUAAUUCAGCUUUUCAAGAAUGAGAGACAAAGGUCAAAUUGCAGGGGAAAAAACUGCCAAGGUUAAUUUGCAGACAAAGCUCUCAAAAAUUAAUAUAAACUGAAAAACUACAUAGAAAAAUCCACAAUGAAAACUGAGUCUGCAUCAGGACGUUACACCUCAGCUUUUUACCACAAACUUUUGCGAGUACCUGGAUAGAGUUAUUGAUUUAUUUUACAUUUUUCCACCAUUGAUGCCUUGUCUCUAAUCUCAACGUAAUAUCCUUGUUAAAAUAAACUUUAAAUAAAACAAAGAAGCAACUGGUACAGUUUUGAGUUUAUAACAUUGCUGAAUGACUUUAGCUUAGCAACAAGUGUAACUUGGGUAUAGGCCGAAGCAGACAUAAUGGAUUAUAGGCAGGUGGAGCAAUGAGUAAAGCUACACCAUCUGUCAUACCACCUGUCUGCCCAAGUAAUACAUGCUUCACACUUCGCCGUACAAUGCUGAUGCAAUCACACAGCUCCUAAAGAUAAAGGAUGUUGACUGUCAAGGGACUAUAAGAGUGAAUGUUGUACAACUUAGAUGUGUAUUGAAAUAGAUACUCACUGAUUAACACAUAAAGCAGCUCUCUGCAGCCAGUUAAUAUGUUGUGAACAAGCCCUCAACAUGAUGGACAAAAGGGUCUGUGACAUGUAGGACUGCAAGAAAAAUAACCGAUCAGAGUUGACAAGCAUGUUUUAAAUAUCAAUAUUCUUUCCCCCGUCUUCUUAGAUGCCUGAACUACAUGAUCAACCGAUGGAGGAGGAGGCUGAAACCUUUGCCUUCCAGGCUGAAAUUGCUCAGCUGAUGUCCCUUAUCAUCAACACCUUCUAUUCCAACAAAGAGAUCUUCCUUAGGGAGCUUAUCUCCAACUCUUCAGAUGUAAGUUUGCCUUGGUAACAGUCUAAAGCUCUUCUUUAAUCUCAUCCUUUCUAAAGUUGUGGCUAUUAUACAUAGUUAUAUUAUCAUAAUAAAACUAAAAACAAAAAGUCCAGGAUAAUCACUCAGUUUCUUUCGUGACUUAGACUUAUGGUGUUGUUUUUACCCACAGGCUCUUGACAAAAUCCGCUAUGAAAGCCUCACUGACCCCACUAAACUUGAUAACGGAAAAGACCUCAAAAUUGAAAUCAUUCCAAACAAAGAGGAGCGAUCACUCACCCUGAUCGACACAGGUAUUGGCAUGACCAAGGCUGACCUGAUCAACAACCUGGGCACAAUCGCCAAGUCUGGCACCAAGGCUUUCAUGGAGGCUCUGCAGGCUGGAGCCGACAUCUCCAUGAUCGGUCAGUUUGGUGUUGGUUUCUACUCCGCCUACCUGGUGGCUGAGAAAGUGACAGUCAUUACCAAGCACAAUGAUGACGAGCAGUACGCCUGGGAGUCUUCAGCUGGAGGCUCCUUCACAGUGAAACUAGACAAUUGUAAGUAACACAAAGGCCGUUAUUUUGGCUGGUGCUGUUUGACAAAUUAGUUUCUUUCUACUAGGAUUCUUACAUUGGUGCCAGACCUAUCAAUGAUUCACACUGGCUCAACCUUCUCUUAUUUUAGCUGAACCAAUGGGGAGAGGCACUAAGGUGAUCCUACACCUAAAAGAAGACCAAAUAGAAUACCUCGAGGAGCGGCGAGUCAAGGAGAUCGUGAAAAAGCAUUCACAGUUCAUCGGAUAUCCCAUCACGCUCUUCGUAAGCAGUCAUUCUAACAGUCCUAAUCAUUCAUGUUUUACACCAAAAGCAUUGGAAUUGACUGAGAUAUAUUCUAAUCUAGGUUGAGAAAGAACGUGACAAGGAAGUGAGCGACGACGAGGCGGAGGAGGAGGAGAAGGAGAAAGCUAAGGAUGAAGACGAGGAGAAGGACGAGGACAAGCCCGAGAUUGAGGAUGUCGGGUCUGACGAGGAGCACGACCAUGACAAGUCUGGUGACAAAAAGAAGAAGAAGAAGAAGAUCAAGGAGAAAUACAUCGACCAGGAAGAGCUGAACAAAACCAAACCCCUGUGGACCCGUAACCCCGAUGAUAUCACCAACGAGGAGUACGGAGAGUUCUACAAGAGUCUGACCAACGACUGGGAGGACCACCUGGCUGUCAAGGUAAAAUUCUUGAGAUGUUUUUUGUCAAAAUUUGAGGUUCUGAGCUGCUAAUGAUCUAAUCCAUCUUUUUUCCUUGCAGCAUUUCUCAGUGGAGGGUCAGCUGGAGUUCCGUGCCCUGCUUUUCGUGCCUCGUCGCGCUCCCUUCGACCUCUUUGAGAACAAGAAGAAGAAGAAUAACAUCAAGCUGUAUGUACGAAGGGUCUUCAUCAUGGAUAACUGCGAUGAGCUCAUCCCUGAGUACCUCAGUGAGUAGCACAUUAUUUUCUUAUACCAAGAGAGUCUUUUAAAAGUUAUACUCAUUCGGAGGAUUAUUUUGAUUAAACUUUAUCGCCUAUAUAUUCAGAUUUCAUCAAGGGUGUGGUGGACUCUGAGGAUCUGCCCCUUAACAUCUCCAGAGAGAUGCUGCAGCAGAGCAAGAUCCUGAAAGUCAUCCGCAAGAACCUGGUCAAGAAGUGCCUGGAACUCUUCACUGAGCUUGCAGAGGAUAAGGACAACUACAAGAAGUACUACGAGCAGUUCUCCAAGAACAUCAAGGUGAGUGGAUCCUCCGUUCUCACCUUAGUUUUGAACUGCGGUUGAACAUUUUCCAUCCAGUGUUUGCAAAAUGGAGAGUCAAGCUGGCUUUAGUUUUUUCCUUUUAGUUAAUAAUACUGCUUGCUCCUCACACCUUUACCAUAAUAACCAUCUGUCUGAUCCUUCAGCCAUAUUGUCUCAGAGUUAAGCUUCUUGUCUGGGUCAAAUUCUCUGUUUAAGAGGAAGCACUGCUAUUAGUGGUUAAACCUUAUGAACCAUAAAUCAAUUCUUGUGUUCCACAUGUUGAACUUGGCAUAAUGGAGCCAAAGAAUUUAAUGUCAUUUAUAUUAGGACGUACAGGAUGUAACUGAUAUGAAUUGUUUUUUUCUUUCAGCUGGGAAUUCAUGAGGAUUCUCAAAACAGAAAGAAGCUGUCAGAGCUGCUGCGAUACUACACCUCAGCCUCUGGAGAUGAGAUGGUGUCCCUGAAGGACUAUGUAACACGCAUGAAGGACAGCCAGAAACACAUUUACUACAUCACUGGUAAUAAUGCUCUCUAUUCUGAAAGUUUAAUAACAUUUCACAACAAAAAGACGAAUUGAGUUUAAAAAUGUGUUAUUGUGAUAAUCUGAGACAUAAUUGCUGUUUCUUCGUUGUAGGUGAGACCAAAGAUCAGGUGGCCAACUCUGCCUUUGUGGAGCGCCUUCGCAAGGCAGGACUAGAGGUCAUCUACAUGAUCGAACCCAUCGAUGAGUACUGCGUCCAGCAGCUGAAGGAGUUUGAGGGCAAGAACCUGGUUUCAGUCACCAAGGAAGGCCUGGAGCUUCCUGAGGAUGAGGACGAGAAGAAGAAGCAGGAGGAGAAGAAAGCUCAGUUUGAGAACCUGUGCAAGAUCAUGAAAGACAUUUUAGAGAAGAAAGUGGAAAAGGUGAGCAGGACGAUGAAAGACACUUCAUUUAAACAACCCCCGAAGCUGUAUAACUUGAUGAUUUCUCUUAAUGAAGCUGAAUAAUUAUAUUGAUUGAUAUUUACUUCCACAGGUCACAGUCUCCAAUCGCCUGGUCUCCUCCCCCUGCUGCAUUGUCACCAGCACCUAUGGCUGGACGGCAAACAUGGAGAGGAUCAUGAAGGCUCAGGCACUCAGAGAUAACUCCACCAUGGGCUACAUGGCUGCUAAGAAGCAUCUUGAGAUUAACCCCGACCAUCCCAUUGUCGAAACCCUGCGGCAAAAAGCAGAGGCCGACAAGAAUGACAAGUCUGUGAAGGAUCUAGUCAUCCUGCUGUUCGAAACUGCUCUGCUCUCAUCUGGGUUCACACUUGAUGACCCCCAGACUCACUCCAAUCGCAUCUACAGGAUGAUCAAACUGGGUCUUGGUGAGUUUUUGUGUUCAGGGACAUGAACGUUUUUGUGACAGUUUUUAUCCAAGCAUCAGGAUAUAUUAAAAAAAUGAGAUUCAGAGCUAAUUAUAUGGAACUAAAAAACUACUACUGAUUAGAGAGCUGUGUGGUCGGCUGCAUAAACACACUUUUUUCUCCCACUAAUCCCCAGCUCUUGUCAGAGUAGUUUGGAGGUAAACGUUUAAAGACGCUGCAUCAAUAACUCUUCCUCUGCUUUGUUUUAGGUAUCGAUGAGGAUGACCUGACACCAGAUGACACUACCUCUGCCCCGACUGAAGACAUGCCCCCUCUUGAAGGGGAUGAUGACGACACCUCCAGGAUGGAGGAGGUGGAUUAG